AUGUUUGAUGGGUACUCCCCAAACCAAUUUGGACCUGGGCGUUCUGCUGUCAUUUGCCAACAUGGUGCAGUUGCAACAAGCCAACCGCUUGCGGCACAGGCGGGACUGCAGAUUCUACGCGACGGUGGAAAUGCUAUUGAUGCAGCGGUAGCGACUGCCGCGAUACUCAACGUCGUCGAGCCGAUGUCAACGGGCAUCGGUGGCGAUGCCUUCAUGCUGGUUUAUCAGCCUAAAGACGGUGUAAUCCGCGGCUUGAAUGCAAGCGGUAGGGCACCGCACGCCGCAGAACUGGAAUUCUUUACUAAGCAGGGGUUAAGCAGUAUUCCGUCUUUUGGGAGCAUGUACCCCGUUACGGUGCCUGGCACAAUUGAUGGAUGGGCAACGCUCCUUGACGAAUGCGGAACAAUGUCAUUGGCAGACGUGCUUCAACCUGCUAUUGAUUACGCCGAGAAUGGAUUUCCAGUCAGUCCACAGAUUAGUCUCGCGUGGCAAGGGAGCGCACCGAUGUUAGCGCAGCAUCCCGAUACGGCAAAGACAUAUCUUACAAAUGGCAAGGCACCAGUGCCCGGUGAAAUCUUUCGUCAACCUAACCUCGCACGGACGUUUCGAUUGAUUGCGGAAGGCGGACGCGAUGCCUUUUAUCAAGGUGAGAUUGCCGACAAAAUCGUCCGAUUCUCCGAUGAAAAUUGCGGGCUGUUCACACGGCAAGACUUCGCUGACCACAGAUCUGAUUGGGUUGAACCGAUUUCUACGAAUUACCGCGGUUAUGAUAUCUAUGAAAUUCCGCCGAAUGGACAAGGCAUCGCUGCACUGAUCGCACUCAAUAUCGUUGAGGGUUUCGACCUCGGGGCGAUGGGGCAUAACCGUCCUGAACAUCUACACUACGCAAUUGAAGCAAUGAAAUUGGGAUUCGCGGAUCUCUAUAAAUACGUGACAGACCCGACAUUUGUAGAUGUACCCGUAACCGGAUUGCUCUCUGAGAACUAUACGGAAAGCCAACGUGCGCGUAUCUCACCAGAGCGUGCGAACACAGAACCGAGGGCCGGUAUUCCCGCAAUGGGAAGCGAUACGGUAUACCUCAGUGCCGUUGACAGUGAUCGAAACGUUGUCUCUUUCAUUAACAGUCUCUUUGCUGGCUUUGGCUCAGGUCUGACUGCUGGUGAUACAGGUAUCAUGUUGCAGAAUCGGGGUGCAGGUUUUUCGCUUGAUCCGAACCAUGCCAAUUGUAUCGCGCCUCAUAAACGGACGUUACAUACGAUUAUCCCCGGUAUGAUUGCCCAAAAUGGGGUGCCAUUGGUUACCUUUGGGAUCAUGGGAGGGCAGAUGCAAACACAAGGACAUUUACAGUUUGUAUGUAAUCUCAUAGACUUCAAUAUGGAUGUUCAAAAUGCAUUAGAUGCUCCAAGGUUUCGGGUGAUGGACGAUUCUCGGAUAAUGCUGGAGACAGGUAUUCCAAUGAAUGCACAAGCCGCGUUGGCACAGAAGGGACACCAUAUUAAACCGGGGAACACUUUUUUUGGGGGAGGGCAAGCGAUUUUUAUCAAUCCGUCUUUUGACACGCUUGUCGCAGGUUCAGAUCCGAGGCGUGAUGGGUGUGCCGUCGGCUAUUGA